GGCCGGCGGGCGAAGCGGCGAGAGAGACAGUGAGGCUGCGCUCGGGGGCUUCGGGCUCCGCUCGUCGCCGCCGCCGCCGCCGCCAUCGCCCUCAGCCCGUUGCUGGCUGCACUGAGAAUUCAGAAUGGGAGACAAACCUAUUUGGGAACAGAUUGGUUCCAGCUUUGUACAGCAUUACUAUCAGUUAUUUGAUACAGACAGGACUCAGUUAGGAUCAAUAUAUAUAGAUGCCUCAUGCCUUACAUGGGAAGGACUACAAUUUCAGGGCAAAGUAGCUAUUGUUGAAAAACUCUCAAGCCUUCCUUUUCAGAAAAUACAGCACAGCAUCACAUCCCAAGAUCAUCAGCCUACUCCAGACAGCUGUAUACUCAGUAUGGUAGUCGGACAACUUAAAGCCGAUGAAGAUCCUGUUAUCGGAUUCCACCAGAUAUUUCUAUUAAAGAACAUCAAUGAUGCUUGGGUUUGCACCAAUGACAUGUUCAGGCUAGCAUUGCACAACUAUGGUUGAAAUGGCAUCCCUGAGGCACCUGUCCUUUUUUUUUUCCUCCUCUCCUUCUUACCAAUAUUAAUCACACCCAUGGAACAUUCCAAAUAUCAUACACAAACCUGCACACCAUGGCAAGCAAGCAAGACUUGUGACAUACCCUUCCGAAGAGUUUUAUGUUGUGCCACUAGAAGAGUUCCUUGUGCAUGAUGUUUGGAAGUUAGAAUUAGCUGCAUUUGACAAAGAAAGGGUAUGUUUUACCAGCAUGCCUUGGGAAGAAUCCAUAAUACAAAUGGUCCUGUUUCUGUACUGACAAGUUUCUCUAAUAACCCAAAGAAACAAAAAGGAUAUUAAAGAAUAGCCAGCCUGAAGCCAACUCAGAUAAUUGAUCUCUCUCUCUUUUUUUUUGUUGUUCAAAUGUUACAGUGCUACAUUAUACAAUAAAACCAUGUGAUUUUCUUAACAGUUUAAAUGGUUGGAUCUUCAGUCUGUAAAUGGAAAGUCUUGUAUUUCCAACUCUCUGUUUGAAUUCUCAGUUUUGGGAAUAUGUGGCUGGACAUAAGUUUUUAAGUUUUAAAAUUUCCACGUAUGCUUUGUGCUCUUGUUUGCUUUGGGUUGGAAGCUUAACGUGGAUGUGGCACUGAAUAAUGGCUUUCAAACCUGAAAUGGGAAAUCUUACCUCUCCCUGAGAAUCAUGAUGUAGAUUUAUAUUAACUACAUGUGCAGCAAGUUUAUUAUACUGAACCUCAAGUCAAUUUUUUUUCUAUACUAUUAUGCAGAUAUAGAUAAAAGACUGUGAAGACCAA